GUUUCAAACGCGUAAGGUUACAUUGUAACGCGCAAAAUGUACGGGGAUGCUCGUUACGUCUUGUUUAUAUAUAUAAUUUUAAAUUUAUUUCUAUUUAUAAGUGCUAACGAUACAUCGACACCAGGAUGUAGAAACAAACGUCACUUAUUACCAUUACUGGGAUAUCUUCAGGGAUAUAAAAUAGGUCAUAAUUUUGCACUACAAUUACCUCCGUUCUUUCUGUCACCAAUAAUAAUAUUACCUUCAGUGAAUCAACAACAAAGUGUGAACGUACAAAAAUCUUCAUCGGAUGAAAAUUAUCAGGAAAAUGGAGGAACAUUUCAAAACAUAUCUCCUGCUAGACUAGUCGCUGAUGAUAUCAAUGAAUCGAAUAAAUCUCUCAACUCGGAAAAUACUGGUAACAUUGAAAAUGUUAAGCUUAAAGUUGAUGCUGAUAGUGAUGUAUUAGAAUCGGGUAGUUAUAGUUUCAGACAAGCUAAUGUUAAUGAGACAAAUGUUACUGAAACCCCAGAAACUAUCGAUGAAUUGAUGACUACUACACCAUUUGCAGAAACAACUGAAACUGAUGCAGAAAAAUUAACAAUUAACGGCACCAAACCUCUUGGACCAUAUCCAAAUGCUUCAUAUGAUAACGAAUAUUUAAAUACUUUAUCAAUCACUGUAGCUCCAACACAAUACAAUUUGACAGUCCCUAAUGCUGACGAUAGAUGGCAAAACUUCAGUCAACCUUCAAAUGAAUCUGGAAAUAAUAAUACAAUAAAUAAUAUAAAUACAACAACAGAUAUUGUUUUUCCAUCAACAGAAACUGAUUUAACAGAAAUGAAAAAAAUCUAUCCAUAUCCAAGGUCUUGGUAUAAUUCAAAGGUAGAUCGACUGUCAAUAACUACAAAUUCGUAUACAAACGAAGAAGCUGGUUUACCGCCUACUUACGAUGAUCGAUGGCAAAGAUUUUCCUCAUUAAGAAAAUCAUAUCCAUCGUCUGGCUUUCGACCUCUCGCUGGCUUGUACUAUGAUGGAUUUCUACACAAAUCUUUAACUAAAGAGAUGGGAUUUAUUCCGUAUCGUCAUAAUGGUUAUUAUUAUAAUUGAUGAUGUACCUUGAACGUAAAUUAUUUCGUAAGUAGCC